AUGGCCAUAAUAAAAUUUGAACAAAAGGGCUUGAUGGAAUUCACUUCUGCUUUUGGUUCAUUCUCCUUUUAUGAGUAUGCUAGUCCAAGCAAAGUAGUCCUAUGGCUGGCAUCUAUCUUUUCUGGCAUCAUCUUAUGUGUUAUUGCUUAUACUUCAACUGCAAUUUUGAGUUCUUUGUUGUUCAAGGGAUAUGGAAAAUUGAGCAGCGCAGAGAAAAUUGAAUGGAAUAACAGGGGAUUCUCUACGUUUCACGCUCUUUUUGUAUCAUCUGCAUCUUUCUACCUCAUCAUCUUAUCAGAUGUCUUCAAUGUGAAUUCACACGACGACGUAGUUAUUAUUAAAUCAUCAAGGUUAUCAGAUACAGUAUUGGGGAUUUCUACUGGUUAUUUUCUAACAGAUCUGGCUAUGAUUCUUUGGAGUUUUCCAGCUUUAGGGGGUCUUGAAUAUGUUCUACACCAUGGACUAUCCAUAGGUUCCAUUACACUAUCUCUGCUAACUGGUCAAGCUCAUAUCUACAUACUAAUGGUUCUUUUCUCUGAGAGCACUACUCCUUUUGUAAAUCUUAGAUGGUACUUGGAUAUUGCUGGCCUCAAGAGUUCCAAACUUUACAUUUGGAAUGGCGUUGCAUUGUUCUUCGGGUGGUUGGUUGCAAGGAUUUUCCUGUUCAUGUUCCUUUUUUACCAUAUAUGGACUCGUUUGGUUGAGGUGAAGGAGGUCUUUCUUUUUGGCAUGUACACCUUGAUUAUGGUGCCUUCUGUUUUGGCAGUGUUGAACAUAUUUUGGUUCUGGAAGAUUGCAAAGGGCAUGGUUAAAACUCUCACAAAAGCAAAACACAACAAGUGA